CCUGAGGAUGAGAACACACACUGAAGAUGUGAAACCGGCUGGACCCUGUCCUUCUGUUACGUUGACUCUGUUCAUGUUACUUCAGGAAUGUUCCUUUCGGUGGACAUGAGAUUGUUGGAAUGUUGAGAAGGAUGUAAGAUCUGUAGACGGACGGUUUAAUGAGGUUUCACACCAGCUCUGGAUAUGCAUUCCCUGAGUGCUGUGGUGCUGUUUCUCUGCGUUACUGGAGUUUGGUGUCAUGAAUGUAAUCUGACGAAGCCGUAUUUUGAGUCCAGGAAUUUUCACCAUGUUCUUCACUGGAAUGAAGUUGAUGUUCCGGGUGAAGUCACGCUCUACAGUGUUCAAUAUCUCACGUAUGGGGUGCCGUACAAACCAGCAACGUGGUGCCAGAACAUCUCGGUUCUUGAAUGCGACCUCACGUCUGUGAUGAUCGUGACUGAUGUGACUGCGAGAUAUCACGUCAAGAUCACUGCUGCUGGACGAUGUGUGGGAGAACUCCUGUUCUAUCCUUACGAACACACCAUUCUGGAAGCUCCAAAGUUAUCUGUAUCAUGGAAUGAAACUUCUCUGAACGUGACGGUUUCGCCUCCGAUGUGUCCAGAGAAUGGCUCCAUUCAGAACAUCCACUGCUGGGGAGUCUUUCAGCAUCCCAUGAAGUUCAUUGUAAACCUGACGCAACCCAAGUUUCAUGCCGGAAGGGUGUACGAGAGCACGACAGGUUCAGUUCUGGUGUGGCCCGUGGAAACACAGACAGAAUAUUGUGGAGAUGCAGUUUAUUCCUUCACACAUCCCAGUUCACCUCGACAGAGUGAUAAAGCCUCAUUCUGUGUCACCGUCACAGCCUCUAAUUCCUGGUUUCAUAUCGUUCUGUUGCCUGCUCUUCUGGCCGUGGUCCUGCUCAUAAUCUUACCCAUGAUUCUCUGUCAACAGUCCGUGAAGGGAAAGGAUCUUUUGCCCAAUGCUCUCAUCCUGUCAAAGAACAACACUCUUCCAUUUUGUUCGGAUGCCCGGGACGACAUAUCCAAAGUGCAAUUGUGUUCUGGAUUCAUUGGAAGCCUCCCAAAGCUUGAUCUCCAGCUCCCUGGUGUUCCGGAAGGGUCAAAGGUCACAUAUAAUCGGAGCGGUUAUUUGUCUCAGGACUCUCAUGAUCAGGAAGCGUCGACCCGCUGCUCGAGCGGUGAGCAAUCUGUCAACUACAGCAUGAUUGUGGGCGUCCAGAUGCCGGUGGAACCCUCUGCUGAUGUCGGGAGCUCAGAACUUUCCGGUCCGGAGUUUGUCUGGCCAAAAGAAUAUUAUAACGGCUUAAACUCGGAUACUCACAGCGAGCCUCUGGUGAUACCUGUUAUUCCCGCUGCCAAUGGUAUGAUGCAGUUAAAAGGAUUUUUCUUUCAACCGGAUUCGGAGACUGGAUCUCCCGGAGAAGGAUUAACUUCAUUCAGCGAGUGGACGCCAUUGCUGACGGAUCUCUUGGUUGAAGACUCGGGAUGUAAUUCAAAGUGCCUGUCUGUAGAUGUUUCUGAGAUCUCCAAAUGUCUUUAUCCUGAUCUCACGCCGGUGGUGUCCAACUAUAGGCAGAACGGGUUGCCCGCGGCACUUCUAGAGGGACAUGAGGACCGGAAGACUUAUAUUCUGAGAACGGCUCACAUUCAGGGCUCAAAUGAAGUUCAGGAGGAGACGAAGGAAGACGAAGAAGGAUUCAACGGCGGUCAACAUUUUCUGGACAGAUGGAGGUUAAAAAUGGAAAGUUGAUGUCUGGAUGUUGCUCGGGUGGUGCUGGUCUGCCAUCUUUGCUCAUGGGCAUGAAGUUCAGGAGAUAAGCUGAGCAAAUCACAAGAGUCGUAAAUGUCGUGUGACCAAUCACUCUGGAGUGGCGAAACGGAAACCUGGUCAUGCAGAUGGUUUGCUUUCGCCAGUCUAAGGGUUUUAUCAGAAUCUCACAAACUUGAUUGACAUAUUUGUGGUUUUUGCAUCACCAGCUGGACAAUUUUAUCCCGAACACUUUUCUUUGUUUGCUGUUGGUUAAGCAAACAGAUCUCGGCCUCAACACAUGCUAUUGUGUUUUAAUAGCAGCACAAAGAGUUUAAACCUCAUGUCUGAAUGAUCCAUGUUUAGUUUUUCGUCUGUAUGUUAAGCUGGAAUUGAAGGAAGAGUUUAACAGGAACUAUGCAUAACAAAAACACAAAACGUCUGUCGUCAUUAACAUCCCUUGUGUUGAAUCCAAGUCACGAAGGUUUGGAGCAACCGAGGAGAGAAAAUGACGACGACAUUAGGAUGCUGUUUUUACAUUUCCCGAAUGUGUGUACAUUUUUUGAUUUGUUCUCCUGUGCACUUAGACUGAAAACAUAUUUAUCUGUAGCAUCGACGUUUGUUCAAGUGUUGUCCGGUCCAGUCAUUUCAUGUGUCACACGUUCAACGAAUGAAUCACAAUCAUACAAUCAUUUGAAUAAUUACAUUGAAUGUUGGUUUCAUUGUGUCUUUGAAGCUGCAGUCUGUGACAUUUAUAAGUUAAAAAAAACAUGUUUGAUAGAUGAUGACAGAGAGACGAGUAUCAGAUUUCAGCUUUAGGCUUAAAUAAUAUUUGUUAAAUCCGUUUUUAACACUGGAAUCUGGUUUAAUCUGGAAUUAUUAAUUUUUUUUAAAGGUGGGCAUUAAAAAGCAAGAUGAAGGCAGGUGGUAGAAACAAUCAUGAGCCAAAAGACCAGGAACAGAACUGUAAAUAGGAUUCAUUCGACUUGAAAAUGUUUAACCAAAAGGGAUUUGUCAGUUUUACAUUCACAUGUUAAUUUAUGACUGAAAAUAAUCACACGCAGGACUUUCGAGACGUCUCGGAGCUCCUGAUAAACACAUCAUUCCAGUGAAUUUGCAUAUCCGACAAAAGACUUGUUCCUUGAGUUUGUGUGAUAAACUUCAUAGGGUUUUUUACGUCAUCUGACUAUGAGGAAGUCCAAAAGAAAAUAAAAGCUCUUUGUUUCAAGAGAAAUGAAUAUUUUACACGACUCACUUCAGAGGUCAUGCCGACAUUCACUCCAGUCGGUUUGUGUCAUUCGCUCAUAUUGUUCAAUGUGUUCAAUGUGUUUUGGGAAGAUAAACAAAAGAAAAAUCUGUGCUGAAAGAAACGUUAUAAGAAAUGACGUCUUUUGAGACUUUUUGAAACUGUGUGUUUUUUUUGUGUAUAAUGUAAUAAUUCCCCAAAAUUUGAGUCACCUUUGAGACGCCCGUUUUAUUUAAGUAACACCACUGGUGUUGUAGCUGCGUGUUCAAUUGUAGGUAUGUUUUCCUUAUAUCCUUUUUUAUUAAGGGAUAGUUCACCCUAAAAUCAAAAUCCAGUCAACAUUUAUAUUUCCCCCUCAUGUGGUUGUAAACUUUUAUGUGACUCUUUGUUCAAUCAUUCACAAAAGAAGAUAUUUCAAGAAUUUGAAACUUGACGUCAGUGAGGGUUUCAUUUCGUUUGGUCUUCAACAUUCUUCGAAAUGUCUUCUUUAUGUUCUGCAGAAGGAAGAAAGUCAAACAGGUUUGACAUGACAUGGGGAUGAGGAAGAAUUUUCAGUUGAACCUUGAUGAAUAGUAAGUUGGUGUUGUAGUGCAUUAUUCACACGUCACAUGUUUGGCAGUGUACUGUAUACCUCGGGGUCAUGUUUAAACACUGUACAGAGUGCAAACAAGACAAAGGUCACAGUAUUGUAAAUAUCUGAUAGCUCCAGAAAUAUAUGACAGAUGUUCGGGGACAUGAGUUCAACUGGAAUAUUAUG